AUGACGCCGGUGGAUCUCUCCCACCACAUCAACAUCAAGAGCAAGUCUCGUCACCCAUCACCGCUCAAGGACAUUAUCAAGUUUAUGGGCUAUGAUGGCAUGAUCAGCCUGGCUGGAGGUCUUCCUCAUCCGUCUUUGUUCCCUCUUGAGCAGGCCAAGUUUGAGUGCCUUGCUCCUCCUACGGCGCCGUCCCAAAAGACGACCGAGGACGGGCUCGUGAGCCUCAACCUUGGCCGCGGAUCAUCACCAGGGGAUCUGGACCUCACCCAGUUUCUACAAUACGGAUCUGGUGCCGGUAACCGGCAAAUGAUUCAACUUGCAACACAGCUCACCGAGAGAGUGCACGCUCCGCCGUGCGAGUAUGAGUGUCUCCUGCACCCGGGAAACACAAACGCAUGGGCAAAGGUGGUCGGUCUGCUUUGUGAGGACAACGACUACGUCAUUGUUGAAGAAUACACAUAUCCUUCGGCUCAGGCGCUUUGGAUCCCACUCGGAAUCAAAGCGGCCCCCGUGGCGGCGGACGCAGAAGGUAUCCUGGUAACUAGUUUGCGGGAUCUACUGGAGAACUGGGACGAAAAGGCUAGGGGCAGGGGGCGACCCAAACUGUUGUAUCUCGUGUCGGUUGGAUCAAACCCUACGGAUUUGAUCAUUGUCGAAGAUGAUCCAUACUACUUCCUACAGUUCCCGGGGUACUCGCCUCAGAAAGAGGACAAGCCCUUUCAACCAGUGCCCACAGAAAACUUCCUCAAAUCGCUAACCCCGUCUUUCCUCUCGAUGGACACCCAAGGUCGCGUCGUCCGUCUCGAGUCAUUCUCCAAGACGCUGUUCCCCGGCCUGCGACUAGGCUACUUUGUCGCCAACCCCGUCUUCACAGAGCGACUUCUUCGUGUGACGGAGGUCGAGACCCAGGAUCCCGCAGGCCUCAGUCAGGCCUUUACGAUCGCUCUUUUCAAGCAGUGGGGAAUUGACGGGUACCUAUCGUGGCUGCAGAAUCUGCAGUAUCAGUACGAGACGAGGCGCAACUGGCUCCUCUCGGCUUUUUAUGACCAGUUCACGGUUGUCCCGGCCGCCGAGUCGCCAGUGCCUACAGCCCAGGGCUAUGUCGCCUGCCUCCCGGGCAAGAACAGCGAGCUGUGGCCCGUCUUCAGUUACGUAGACCCUGGGGCCGGCAUGUUCGUCUGGUCCAAGUUCUACUUCGACGGGGUCCCUCGCUUCGCCGAGCUCGAGGGCCAGUCGCUCGAAGACCCGGAGCAGGCCUUUGCCCAGGAGCUCUGGGAGGCCUUGGCGGCGGGUCUCGUAUUGCUGACUCCGGGAUCAUACUACCAUGCCUGGCAGGGCGCCGACAAGGUCUCGACCAAGGCUCGAGGAGCAAAUCCACGGUCCGCCUACUUCCGAUUCUCGUUUGCAACUCCUACGAAAGAGCAGAUCCAAGAGGGCGUGAAGCGUCUCAGGAAAGUAGUGGGCCAGUUCUGGGAGGAGACAAUAUGA